AUGCAGGCGCAGCAGCUGCCGUACGAGUUUUUCAGCGAGGAGAACGCGCCCAAGUGGCGGGGGCUGCUGGUGCCAGCGCUGAAAAAGGUUCAGGGUCAAGUUCAUCCUACACUUGAAUCUAAUGAUGAUGCUCUUCAAUAUGUUGAAGAAUUGAUUUUGCAAUUAUUGAAUAUGCUAUGCCAAGCUCAGCCCCGGAGUGUUUUAGAUGUAGAGGAACGUGUUCAAAAAAGUUUCCCUCAUCCAAUUGAUAAGUGGGCAAUAGCUGAUGCCCAAUCGGCUAUUGAAAAGAGGAAGCGAAGAAACCCUUUAUCUCUCCCAGUAGAAAAAAUUCAUCCUUUAUUAAAGGAGGUCCUAGGUUAUAAAAUUGAUCACCAAGUUUCUGUUUACAUAGUUGCAGUAUUAGAAUACAUUUCUGCAGACAUUUUAAAGCUGGUGGGAAAUUAUGUACGAAAUAUACGGCACUAUGAAAUUACAAAACAAGAUAUUAAAGUGGCAAUGUGUGCCGAUAAGGUAUUGAUGGAUAUGUUUCAUCAGGAUGUAGAAGAUAUAAAUAUACUGUCUUUAACUGAUGAAGAACCUUCCACUUCAGGAGAGCAGACUUACUAUGAUUUGGUGAAGGCAUUUAUGGCAGAAAUUCGUCAGUAUAUAAGGGAACUAAAUCUCAUUAUAAAAGUUUUUCGAGAGCCCUUUGUCUCCAAUUCAAAAUUAUUUUCAACUAAUGAUGUAGAAACUAUAUUUAGUCGUAUAGUAGAUAUACAUGAACUUAGUGUAAAGUUACUGGGCCAUAUAGAAGAUACUGUAGAAAUGACAGAUGAAGGCAGUCCCCAUCCAUUAGUAGGAAGCUGCUUUGAAGAUUUAGCAGAGUCAAUUGGCGAAGGUUUCAAAGAAGCUGUUCAGUAUGUUUUACCCAGGCUACUUCUAGCCCCUGUUUACCACUGUCUACAUUACUUUGAACUUUUGAAGCAGUUAGAAGAAAAGAGUGAAGAUCAAGAAGACAAGGAAUGUUUGAAACAAGCAAUAACAGCUUUGCUUAAUGUUCAGAGUGGUAUGGAAAAAAUAUGUUCUAAAAGUCUUGCAAAACGAAGACUGAGUGAAUCUGCAUGUCGAUUUUAUAGUCAACAAAUGAAGGGAAAACAAUUAGCAAUCAAGAAAAUGAACGAGAUUCAGAAGAAUAUUGAUGGCUGGGAGGGAAAAGACAUUGGACAGUGUUGCAAUGAGUUUAUAAUGGAAGGAACUCUUACACGUGUAGGAGCCAAACAUGAGAGACACAUAUUUCUCUUUGAUGGCUUAAUGAUUUGCUGUAAAUCAAAUCAUGGCCAACCAAGACUUCCUGGUGCUAGCAAUGCAGAAUAUCGUCUUAAAGAAAAGUUUUUUAUGCGAAAGGUACAAAUUAAUGAUAAAGAUGACACCAAUGAGUACAAGCACGCUUUUGAAAUAAUUUUAAAAGAUGAAAAUAGUGUUAUAUUUUCUGCCAAGUCAGCUGAAGAGAAAAACAAUUGGAUGGCAGCAUUGAUAUCUUUACAGUACCGGAGUACACUGGAAAGGAUGCUUGAUGUAACAAUGCUACAGGAAGAGAAGGAGGAGCAGAUGAGGCUUCCUAGUGCUGAUGUAUAUCGAUUUGCAGAGCCUGAUUCAGAAGAGAAUAUAAUAUUUGAAGAAAACAUGCAGCCCAAGGCUGGGAUUCCAAUUAUCAAAGCAGGAACUGUCAUUAAACUUAUAGAGAGGCUUACAUACCAUAUGUAUGCAGAUCCCAAUUUUGUUCGGACAUUUCUUACCACAUACAGAUCCUUUUGCAAACCUCAAGAACUACUGAGUCUUAUCAUAGAAAGGUUUGAAAUUCCAGAGCCUGAGCCAACAGAAGCGGAUCGCAUAGCUAUAGAGAAUGGAGACCAACCCCUUAGUGCAGAAUUAAAAAGGUUUAGAAAAGAAUAUAUUCAGCCUGUACAACUACGAGUAUUAAAUGUGUGUCGGCACUGGGUAGAGCACCACUUCUAUGAUUUUGAAAGAGAUGCAGAUCUCUUGCAACGAAUGGAAGAAUUUAUUGGAACAGUAAGAGGUAAAGCAAUGAAAAAAUGGGUUGAAUCCAUCACUAAGAUAAUCCAAAGGAAAAAAAUUGCAAGAGACAAUGGACCAGGCCAUAAUAUUACAUUUCAGAGUUCACCUCCUACUAUUGAGUGGCAUAUAAGUCGACCUGGGCACAUAGAGACUUUUGACCUGCUCACAUUGCACCCAAUAGAAAUUGCUCGACAACUCACUUUACUUGAAUCAGAUCUAUACAGAGCUGUACAGCCAUCAGAAUUAGUGGGAAGCGUGUGGACAAAAGAAGACAAAGAAAUUAAUUCUCCUAAUCUUCUGAAAAUGAUCCGGCACACCACGAACCUCACUCUAUGGUUUAUGAAAUGUAUUGUAGAAACUGAAAAUUUAGAAGAAAGAGUAGCGGUAGUGAGUCGAAUAAUUGAGAUUCUACAAGUCUUUCAAGAGCUGAACAACUUCAAUGGUGUCCUUGAGGUUGUUAGUGCUAUGAACUCAUCACCUGUCUACAGAUUAGACCACACAUUCGAGCAAGUACCAAGUCGCCAAAAAAAAAUAUUAGAAGAAGCCCACGAGCUGAGUGAAGAUCACUAUAAGAAAUAUUUGGCAAAACUCAGGUCUAUUAAUCCACCAUGUGUGCCUUUCUUUGGAAUUUAUUUAACUAAUAUCUUAAAAACGGAAGAAGGCAACCCUGAGGUCCUAAAAAGACAUGGAAAAGAACUUAUCAACUUUAGCAAAAGGAGGAAAGUAGCAGAAAUAACAGGAGAGAUCCAACAGUACCAAAAUCAGCCUUACUGUUUACGAGUCGAAUCAGAUAUCAAAAGGUUCUUUGAAAACUUGAAUCCAAUGGGAAAUAGCAUGGAUAAAGAAUUUGCAGAUUAUCUUUUCAACAAGUCCCUAGAAAUAGAACCACGAAACCCUAGGCCUCUCCCAAGAUUUCCAAAAAAGUACAGCUAUCCCCUAAAAUCACCUGGUGUCCGCCCAUCAAACCCAAGACCUGGUACCAUGAGACAUCCCACGCCUCUGCAGCAGGAGCCACGCAAGAUUAGUUAUAGUAGAAUCCCCGAAAGUGAAACUGAAAGUACAGCGUCUGCACCAAAUUCUCCAAGAACACCGCUAACACCUCCUCCUGCCUCUGGUGCUUCAAGUGCCACCGAUGUUUGCAGUGUGUUUGAUUCUGAUCAUUCGAGCCCUUUUCACUCAAGCAGCGAUACCGUCUUUACCCAAGUUACACUGCCCCAUGGCCCAAGGUCUGCUUCAGUAUCGUCUAUAAGUUUAACCAAGGGCACUGAUGAAGUGCCUGUCCCCCCUCCUGUUCCUCCACGGAGACGGCCAGAAUCUGCCCCAGCGGAAUCUUCGCCAUCUAAGAUGAUGUCUAAGCAUUUGGACAAUCCUCCAGCGAUUCCUCCUAGGCAACCCACAUCAAAAGUCUAUUCACCACGAUACUCAGUAUCAGACCGGACCUCUAUAUCAGACCCUCCUAAAAGCCCUCCCGUAUUACCACCACGAGAACCUGUGAGGACACCUGAUGUUUUCUCAAGCUCACCAUUACAUCUCCAACCUCCCCCUUUGGGCAAAAAAAAUGACCACGGUAAUGCGUUCUUCCCAAACAGCCCUUCCCCCUUUACACCACCUCCUCCUCAAACACCUUCUCCUCACGGCACAAGAAGGCACCCGCCGUCACCACCACUGAUACAAGAAGUGGACCUUCAUUCCAUUGCUGGGCCGCCUGUUCCUCCACGACAAAGCACUUCUCAACAUAUCCCUAAACUCCCUCCAAAAACUUACAAAAGGGAGCACACACACCCAUCCAUGCACAGAGACGGACCACCACUGCUGGAGAAUGCUCAUUCCUCCUGA